AACGUAGUCGAUGGCAUUUGUGGUACCGAUAUAUGCUAUCGACCACACUCGGACAAAUAACGUGGGCGAACCUGAAGAUCACCCUGUGCUGGUCGAAGGCAAGGUGAAUGGAAGAAGAAGAAGACGAAGAAGAAGAAGAAGAAGAAGAAGAAGAAGAAGAAGAAGAAGAAGAAGAAGAAGAAGAAGAAGAAGAAGAAGAAGAAGAAGAAGAAGAAGAAGAAGUAGAAGAAGAAGAAGAAGAAGAAGAAGAAGAAGAAGAAGAAGAAGAAGAAGAAGAAGAAGAAGAAGAAGAAGAAGAAGAAGAAGAAGAAGAAGAAGAAGAAGAAGAAGAAGAAGAAGAAGAAGAAGAAGAAGAAGAAGAAGAAGAAGAAGAAGAAGAAGAAGAAGAAGAAGAAGAAGAAGAAAAAAAAAAACAAAAAACAAAACAAAAAAAAAAAAAAAAAAAAAAAAAAAAAGGUUAUUCGUGGAUGGCAGGGCUAGUCAUAGCCUGAUCCACUCCUCGUUUCUUUCUUCUCACUCCUUCUGCCCUUUACCUGCCCACGUCAUUCCCAGAAAUCGCUCAGGCACGUCAUCCACGCGCACGUCAGCCAUGCGUGACGUCAUGGACGAGGAGCAGGGCCAGCUGUCCGUCUUCCUAGCGUUCCGAGAGAAAUGCGACGCGCUUGAAGCGGCGAUCCAAGCUUUGACCUCCAGAAACUCCGAUUCCGCUCCCGGAUCUGCACUGCCGGGGACCAAUGGCGGGGAAAGUAGUAAACAACAGAUUGGCGACGCGGGAAGCAAUCAACGGUCCGGAUUGGACGCGGAUCAAGCGGCGGUGUCGGCGCUGCGAGCCGUCGAGGAGCUGGUAACGCAUUUCGCGCCGUCGGUCCCGCGGCGUGACGUGGAGCAGAUGACGUCCCGCGUCGCCGCGCUUCGCGCCAGCCUAGAGUCAGCGCGAUCCGCGUCGAAGCCCAAAAAGCGGUUCGCGUUCUCGUCGCGAGGGCCGAAGAAGAUCUCUCUGGAAAAUAAAGACAUCAUUUUGGACAUAGAUGCUCCUCCUCCGCAGAAUCUACUCUCCGAGCAACCGGCGCCAUCGCUGCAGGCAGUUGAUAAAUCCCCGAUCGAGCAAGAGAUCAAUCCGACGAUUUUAGGGACGGUGCGAAUGUCCUCUGGCCGUGCGCACGUAGCAGCGGCAGGUGCAGCAUCGGGAGCAGCGUCAGGCGGAGCAGCGUCAGGCGGAGCAGCUGACGAACCUAUCAGCUCCACCCGUCCGUCACUCUCCAUCUCCCACCGCGCCAACGAGCGCAUCUGCAUCUCACCAGAGCAGCACAGCGGCGGCGAGCUCACGCUGCAGCACAGAGGCGGCGAGCUCACGCUGCAGCACCUCUCCCACUGCCACGUCACCGUCAGAGGUGUCGCCUCCGCGCUCUUCCUACGCCACGUGCGCGACUGCCACGUCAUCGUCGGCCCGGUCUCUGGAGCUUGCCACGUGGAGCAUGCAACAGGCAGCACUGUAGCCGUCGCGUGUCAUCAAUUAAGGAUCCACCAAACAGAGCGCGCCGAUUUCUACGUCCGCACGCGAAGCAGGCCUCUUAUAGAGCACUCUACUGGUGUCAGAUUCGCGCCUUAUAGUCGGGAGUAUGAGGGGCUGGAGGGGGAAUUAGAAGCUGCUGACCUGGUGGUGGACGGGGGGUCGUGGGCCCACGUGGAUGAUUUUGGUUGGCUGCGAGCAGUGCCCUCUCCUAAUUGGUCAAUUAUUCCUGAGGACGAGAGGAGGCGAUUCACAGAGGCAUAAAGCUUUGUAGAGGCGUAGGGAGGUGUCACAGAUGCAAGUGCAGGAUGGUAGGGCAAAGCUGGAAGGCUGCUGUGCUGGUGCAAGGGUGAGCCGAAGGGGGGGAGGUGUCACGCAGUUGGCAUUCUGGUGCCUGCAGUAGGUGUGUGUUGUUACAGCAUGUGCCGCGCAGUUUUCCUUUCAAGUCAACACCCGUCACCAGUGCUACGGACAGAGGCAGUGAUAAGAGAGUGGAGUAGACAGGCCAUGAAUGCCUCUUGAGGCGCCUGAAACAUGGCGCCUGGGCUUUCACUCGUUGCCAAACGUCCAUGACCGCCCAUUCAUGGCAGUGAGUGACUCAUGUCAUGUGAGAUCAACAGGCUGGUGAAGAGGGUAUCAAGUAUGGCACUCCAGUACUUGAGCUCAAGCCGAGAAAUCAUCAUGGUGUAUUUUGAUUGCAUGGUUUCACCUGGCAAACAGCAUCCUUUCUGAAUUGCCACUCCCUAGACUCUACUGGCUGUCAACAUAUAUUGUGUAUAUGCU